UUCUUCCGCCAGCCCGCGACAUCCUGCACGACAUGGUGCUACUUCACGCCCGCAACACGCAAGGGCGGCAUGCUGGCUCCUUACCAGAAAGAAGCCCCUGUACCCUUGAUCGGCGGCAUCGAGAUCUACACGUCACCCACGGCGCUCUCCUACGUCCAGAACUCCGCAGAAUAUAAGGGCUAUUUCGGUCAGGUGAAGAGCGAAGACCUGUAUGAGAAGGACGAGAGCCUCGAGGCCUGGUAUCCCGCCGGAGGGUUCGUCGCGCGGCCGAACGAGAAGGAGACUGGGAAGGCGGGGAUUGUCGUGCUUGCGAAGUUCGUCGCGAAGGAAGGCGAGGCGAACAAGGAGAAAUUAGUGCAGGUUUUGGACACUUAUUGCACCUGGGUCCGCGACAACGAGCCCACGACCCUGACCUACGGCCUCUUCACGCGCCCGAAAUCGCCCAACGAAGUCCUCCUCUUCGAGCGCUACAAGGAUCUGCCCGCCAUUGGCGCGCACGGCAAGACCAAGGAGUUCAAGGCCAUGUUUAAAGGAACUGGUCCGUAUGUCCAGGGAAAGAAGACGGUGUUGAGCGAGUGGGAGGAGUUGGAGGGCUCGUUUGUUGGUAAUGUGCAGGGUGGUGCG